ACAUUGAACCUGCUUUUCAUCUCUCUCUCUCUCUGGUUAUACAUGCGCAAGCCAAACUUCCGAAAAGCCUCUCCGAAGCCUAACAACGCCAGAGCUCAGCUGCUGAUUUUCUUGAUCUUCGACCCUGGAUUCUCGGCUUAAUCACAGGGACCUCUCUUACACCUUCCUGGGUCUUCAAGAUUUCCUCAGAUAAGUACCCAUUUUCAUCAUAUUCCAGGAAAGAUUCUGUUUUUUUGGCUUGAUUUUCUCUUCUCAUCUUCAGAUUGGUGAUUUUCGAACUUCGUAUAUCUUUAGCUGUUAAGGGAGUAAAUCUGUGGUACUUGAAGUCUGUAAAGAGAUGAUUUUUUGAUCUGAUAUGCUUCGGGUUUUGGAUUUUCUGCUAAUUUCUUUUGGAUGUGAAAGAGGGAGUUUGAUUCAUGGCGGACAAUGCUUUGUAAAAUGAAGAAGCAAAUGACUGUAGGGUUGACUAGAGUAGAUUGAGUAGAAAUUAUUGGUUCCAAGCUGAUGAGGGAAGAUCAGGGUUUGAGGUGAAAUGGGAUUAUUGUUUUUGAUCUGGGUUUUCGUUUAAAACGAGGAAUGGAAGGGGGUUUAUCUCAGGGAGGUAUGAUUCCAGGUGGGUCUUCUUUUAGCGGUCUUGAUUUGCAAACUUCAAUUAGGGUUCAUAAUCAACCACAGCAUCCAACCACCAUACACCAACACCACCAUCGUCAAGGCUCUUCUGUUCAUCCUUCACUUCAUGAGGGUUUUCCUCUCACAAUGGGUUCCAUGCAAGGUUGUGAUCAAACCAUGUCAAUGGCGGAUUACAACAAGGUAGAAAGGGGAAAAAACUCAGUUAGCGACGAGGACGAGCCAAGCUUCACAGAAGAGGGUGGUGAUGGUCAUAAUGAUCCAAACAAAGGCAAGAAAGGGUCUCCAUGGCAACGUGUUAAGUGGACUGAUAAGAUGGUGAGGCUUUUGAUAACAGCAGUGUCUUAUAUAGGUGAAGACGCAUCUUCAGAUUAUAGAAGGAAAUUUUCAGUUUUACAGAAGAAGGGAAAGUGGAAAUCGGUUUCAAAAGUCAUGGCAGAAAGGGGUUAUCAUGUUUCCCCACAGCAGUGUGAGGAUAAAUUCAAUGAUCUCAACAAGAGAUACAAGAAGCUUAAUGAUAUGCUUGGUAGGGGUACUUCUUGUCAGGUUGUUGAGAAUCCUGUGCUGUUGGAUUUGAUAGAUUUUUUAUCUGAGAAAGAAAAAGAUGAUGUUCGGAAAAUUUUGAGUUCGAAGCAUCUUUUCUACGAAGAAAUGUGCUCUUACCACAAUGGGAAUCGGUUGCAUCUACCUCAUGAUCCAGCAUUGCAGCGUUCUCUGCAGUUGGCUCUUAGAAGUCGAGAUGAUCACGAUAAUGAUGAUUUAAGGAGACACCAAAAUGAUGAUCCCGAUGAAGAAGAUCAAGAAGUGGAAGCAGAUGAACAUGACGAAUAUGAGGAGCACCGUGGUUUACAUGCGGGUGUAAGUGGCUCUUUGAAGAGGUCAAGACAAGGGCAAGGGCAGGAGGAUGUCUGUUUUCCGAAUUCCUGGAACUCUCAGGACUGCAACAAAGGUCCCUAUCCUCAUCAACAUACUUGCCAAACUGAUACGAAUCAAGUAUUAACUGAAAGCAGCCGCGCAGCUUGGUUACAGAAGCAGUGGAUUGAAUCCCGUUCGCUUCAAAUAGAAGAACAGAAACUGCAGAUUCAAGCAGACAUGUUGGAAUUGGAGAAACAGCGGUUCAAGUGGGAGAGAUUCAGCAAGAAAAGGGACCGUGAAUUGGAGAGGAUGAGAAUGGAAAACGAGAGGAUGAAACUAGAGAACGAACGAAUGGCAUUGGAAUUGAAGCGAAGGGAAUUGGGUGGCGAUUUAUGAAACUUGGGAUGUAUGUAUUGAGUAAAGGAAUAGCAAUCUCUAAUUGUGAUUGUUUUUGGGUUUAGUGUAAAAAGUGGUGAUUGCCUAUAGUUAAAGAAUUUUGUGAUGAGGUUUGAUUUUUGCUUCUAUCGUGUAGUUUGGCAUAAUUUUGUAAGUCUGAAUAUUAUUAUCAAUUCUGAGAGUUUUCCCUUGUGAUUAAAGUUA